UGUAAAAAUAUUACAAGAAAGUAAAUUUGUAGUGUCAUCAAGUGAUUAUUUUCGUGAAAAGGGCCUUUGUACAUUUCAUUCUAGGGAUUACGUGUCUUUUACCGGUCUCCUUUGACGUUUUGCACAUCUUUAAUUUUGGUAGAUGAUUUUUUGACAAUGCAAGUCAACGUCGCUGGUCUUCGCAGAACUAUAAAGAAUGUGGCCCACAAUUACUCGGACGCGCAGAAGAAGGUUAGGGAGGCGACGUCGAACGACCACUGGGGACCGAGCAGCACUCUAAUGGCCGAGAUAGCCGAUUUGACUUACAACGUGCUCGCGUUCACCGAAAUAAUGCAAAUGAUAUGGAAACGGUUAAACGAUAACGGCCGUAACUGGAGGCACGUGUAUAAGGCGCUAGUCCUCUUGGAGUAUUUAAUUAAGACGGGCUCGGAGAAGGUCGGGCAGCAGUGCAAAGAAAAUAUUUUCGUUAUACAGACUUUGAAAGAUUUCCAGUACCUCGAGGAAGGUAAAGAUCAAGGGCAAAAUGUUAGGGAGAAAGCGAAGCAAUUGGUGAAUCUGUUGAAGGACGACGAGCGAUUGAAGAACGAGCGUGCGCGCGCUCUUAAGGCAAAGGAGAGGUUCGCUCAGACGGCGAGCGGGUUCGGUAGCGAUGGCGGGCUCGAUACGCCAAGCAGCCCUAGGUUUCCCGCAUUUGGUGGUGGAGGUGGUGGUAGCGGCGGUAGUGCUAGUAGCUUAGGCAGCGGGUGGAAUGGUAGUAAAGAUUCGGCCGAGCUACCGAAGGAAUUGGAAUUCGCUCGGCCACAAACGGCAGGCGAAGAGGAAUUACAGUUGCAGUUGGCGCUUGCAAUGUCACGCGAAGAGGCCGAGCAAGAGGAGCAGAAGAAACGAUCGGACGAUGUUCGACUGCAGCUUGCUCUUAGUCAAAGUCAGCAAGAUUUCAAAGUUCAUCAAGAUUACAAACCGAAGAGUCACGUUCUCGAUUUACUAGAUGUGAAUUUAACCAGCAAUACUGCGGCGAGUGACCCAUGGGUUGUUCCUCAGCCACCGCCACGAGCUCAGGUACAACCGUGGCAAGGAAACGCUUUGUCGUCUCCCACCCACAAUUCGUCGCAAGAAGACCCGUGGCUGCCACCACUAGCGCCGCCUCCGAAGGCAGACCCGUGGAAUCCCCAUAAUGGAAUGCCUAUGCCCUCAGUGCCUCCCAUACCGCGCGGUGAUCCCUGGUCGCCUACGAGCCAGAGCUCGUCGACCGACCUCGAAGAUUUCGACGCGAUCACGAACAGAAAUCGCACUUCACCGAAAACGAACGGAACAACACACAGUAACAAUAAUACGCCCGAUCCGUUCGAAGUUAACUUAUUAGGCGAAAGUCUCGGAGCAAUUGAUACGAAUCCAUCCACGGGGGCGACCAAGAGAACACCUCAAUCGUUUCUCGGUGACAACGCCGGCCUUGUUAAUUUAGAUAAUUUAGUAACGGCGACGACUAAGCAGACGACGGCGUCGACCGCACCUCCGGCUAUUGUCAAUCCGUUCUCCGAUCCCCAACCGCCCAAGCCGACCAUAAAUCAAAUAAAGCAGCCGCCUUUCGGCGCCUCGCAGCUGGGAACGUCCGCGCCGACUUACGGAUCGCACAUGCUCGGCUUCACAUAUCCGAGUAAUUACGCCGGCGACGCGCCGCCCAUUAACAGCGGUUCGCAGUUCGCGUCGAGCGCCGGCAACUUGGGUCAGACGCAGGCGAGUAACGAUCCGUGGGCUCCCGCGUCGAGUACAAACGCCAAUUUAAGCGGUCCUUGGAUGAAGCCGGAACAAGCCAAUCCGUUUUUGUCGUAACCCACUUUUAGGAGGACGUG